GCGAAUAAGUUAAAUGUAGAUACAUAUUCCACCAAAUUCAGUAACUCCGAACGCAAGUCAGCUGUUAACUUGGACGUAAAUUGGACGCUUGGUUAAUCGAGAUUUUGAGAAAAUAAAAGGCUGAUAGAGUAGCGUUAUUCUAUAAAAAGUACAGAAGCACUGAACGAACUCGCGGCAGUAAAUUCAAAUCGAAUCAACGUAACAACGAAAAAUUGAGGAGAUCAAAAUACUGUGACACAUCAGAUCAGCCUGUCGACAAUUACUUGCCCAAACAUGCCGAGAGUUGAAAGAGUCAAUUGCGGCUCUAAGGUGAGACUUAAACUCGAGAAGAAAAAGUCUGCCUCUGCGGUCGAAAGUACCGAUUCACAUCCAUCCUGCUCCGAUGUAGUGCCUAAGACAGACGACUGCGUCAUUCAUGACGAAGACAACACCCUGUUCGAGAGGAUCUACUCAGACUUGAUAGUUCCAAAAAUGCCAAACUGCUCGUGGGCCAUUCACCGCAGCCCGCUGCCCAAUAAAACCAUCGUUGCCAGUGAGCUCACCGCCUGGACUGAGCAUAACGUCGAAGUUGCGCCGCUGUACAUCAAACAGAUCGUAUUUGACCAGAAGUUGAAUUUUGAAGUGUUUUUUGUGAACACUAAAAUGGUCUUGAAGGACAAGCCGAGUGCUCCUCAAACUGUGGAAGAGUUUGAGCAUAUACUGGCUUAUAUUGACAAUAUUAAAUUGUGUCCGGGAGGACCUGCGGUCACGGAAUUCAGCAACGUUAGUAUAGAAUGCGCUUAUAAAGACCCGACGGAAAGGUGGCGGCACAAUUUGUGCUCCCUUGAAGCUGUCGGCGAAUUGGUGUGCAAGUCCUGCUUCUCGCUGCAGGAAAUACUUCAGAGGCAUGUACAACGAAACAAAGUGAACGGCAGAUCUUUACCAUAUUCCAGAACGGAGAAGAGAAAAGUUCCAUACCGGAAAGCUAAGCGUAUUUGAACAAUAAACUUGAAAAGUUUGUCUUUCAACGCAUCAGGCGGUAUCGUUUUGUUGAAUAGUGAGGUAACUUGCGUUACUGGAGUGCUACGGUGACUUACUGAUUUAUGGAUUGUAUCGUGUCACGAUACGUCCAGACCUUUUGCAAUUUGGAUCUAUAUAAAUUAUAUGCCAAUAACUGGUCUUAGAGCCAAGAGAGGAACAAACUUGUUGCAAAAAUUGUUUGCAAACUUUAAGUUUGAAAUUAAAACAUUCUAUUCGUCAUUAAGUCGAAUCCAAAAAUAGUAAAUUAUCGUUCAGUUUUCGUGGUAUUUAACUUUUCCGAUUUUAUUGUUUAGACAACACGGUUUUAUCUUAUUUCGCUCGAGUCGAAAAAAUGCUGGGAUAAAAGAGUAGAUUUGAAAGGAACAGAAGUAAAAUAAAACGUAAUUUACCUACAAACUUUGGAAUUGAACAAUGUUAUCCUAUCAAUUGGUCAAAAUGCUCCUCUAAUCAAUAACUUUACGCAGAAUCUUUGUACGUAUGUAAAAAAAGUGUUUUUUUUUUUUAAUUUUUUUAUUAUUUUUGUCAGCGAUGUAUUUUUGAAAAACGUACUGUUUAAAGAAAAUUUUCGAAUUGUUAACUACAGCGUGUAAGAACUACCUCAGUAUAAUCGUCGAUAAUUUUAGUUCUUAAAUAAUUUGUGUAUGUGCGUAUGUGUAUUUUAUUUUUUCCUUUGAUUAACGAUGAGUUUGUUUUUUUUUUUUUUUUUUAACUGUUGACAUCAUAAUAACCACGCAUAUAAAUGUAUAUUAUCAGAUAUAACAACGAAUUAUGAUGCCACUAUAAACUGAACAGUGAAAUAUUUUACCGUUUGAUGAUUUAAUUCUUGAAUAAUUGUCCUCACCAAAAUAAUAUCCCAUAUUCGACCUGGCCAAGGUUGAAAGCAAAAGAAUAAGGAAAAAUCAUACGUGCAUCGACAUUGUUCUUACAUUUCGAAGUAAUUUUCAAUCUGGAGAUACUUUCAGUGAUCAGUUAGGUAAAAGUAUGAACGGUUGGAAACAUCACCGAUGUUAUAUAUUCUAUUAUAAUUUAUUUUAUAUAUAAACAUUUGAUACAAUUUUAAAUUUUAUUCGUACAAUUCAGUGUUUCAGCAUUUAUAGAUAGUUAAUUAGAUUUGUAUAUAACUAUAGAUUUUUAAAAAUUUUAUUUAAUAUAGAACAAAAUAGUUUUCCGAGUGAUGAUAAGACAGACGAUCGGAUCGAGUGACCAAGAUUUAUGUAUUAUUUUUGGCAUGAUGUACAGUAAAUUUAUUCUAAUAAUCAUUCAACCUUUUCUCGUGUGCUGUCAUGUACCAAUUAUUGCUUUAAUAAUUGCAGCUAAAAAGUUUGAAAGAAUCGGAUGUUGACUCAAGCUAAGUAUUCAUUUCCGAAUCUUGUGCCGUGAAUUUACAAGAUGAAAAAACACGGAAAAUCUUACGAAAUUAGUAUUUGAUUUGAAGCGGUUUGAAAAUUCAUUGCACGAGUUAAUUGUUCGAAUUUCGUUUCUAAGAAAAAGAAAGAAAAAAACAGAGAAAAAAACUGCGCGUUGACAGAUUGCGGAUUCAGUAACUGUAUGUUAUAAAUUUGUCGUCGUGAAUCUGAUUGUUUUAAUUAGGAAAUGCAUACAUAUACGUGUGUAUGACGUGAUCGUGUGUGUGAAAGGGAAAUAGAAAGACAGAGGGAGAGAGAGAGAGAGAGGGAGAGAGAAGUACAGAUAAAUUUUGAUCACUUACAUAGUAUUGUACUUAGAAGGUAACGAUACAAAAACGUACGUCGUACUUCCGCUCGGAUUAUUUUUAAAAAUAACUAUUUUCAAACUAUA